AUGGCUGCGCCUGCAUUCAACCCGCAAGCAUGGGUCUAUGCACUUUCACUCGCUGCAAGCCAGUACCCAGAGCUGCGCGUGAGAGAAACAGCCAGCGAAUGGGCUGAGCGGAUUCUAGAAUUUCGAGCCCUGUCCGACACGAUCCAGCAGACCAAGACAGGCAUACUACAGGCCGAGUCUGCGAACUCCGGCAAGGCCCCCGCUGCGCUGUAUAUACAGCUGCAGGAAGAAGAGGAGCGGACCGAAGAAGUCUCCCGCGAAAUUCGGAGCUUGCGGACUUCCAUCGCCCGAUUGCUCAGCGAGGUCCAAAACAGGAUACGUGCAAUGGCUCUGGCUCUGAGCACCGGAGAAGAGGUCUGCUUCUGUCAGACGUGCCGCGAGGAAAUAGACGAGGAUGAAGAUUUUACUUAG